AUGCCGAAGCCGAAAACCCUGCUCAAGGAUACAAAGUCUAAGAAAAACGCAAAGCAAUUUGAGCCCGAGACGGCAGAUGAAUACCUUGCUGAGGGCGUCGAGUUCGAAGAAGCUGGUGAAAAAUGGCGCGCUGGAGACGCAGUGAAAUCCAUGCGAUUCUUCAUGCGGGCAAUAGAUACUUAUGAUACGGGUUUAAGAAAGUACCCGAACUCCUUUGAUCUCGCCUAUAACAAGGCUCGGGUACAAUAUGACAUCACUCAGCAUCCCAAGCUCGCUUCUCAGCUACCUGCACCUAUGGCUGAAAUUCUCCAGAUUGCGCUAAAGUCCCACAGGGAGGCGCUGAGCAAAGACCAAGACAACGCAGAUAUCCUCUUCAACACAGCCCAAGUAUUAACAAGCCUAGCGGAGGUGAUUGGUGAGGGGAAGCAUCCUUCGGGUCACAAAGCCCAAGAAGCUAUCAAAUACCUUCAAGAAGCGCUCGAGUUGUUCCAAAGAUGUCUUGCGAUCCAAGAGUUGCGCUUUACUGAGUACCAAGAGCAAGUAAACGCAAUGGAGUCUAACAUAUCCGAACAGCCUGAGACUGAGCAAUUACCACCUCCGGAGUCGUCCUUGCCCGCGUCCACACCGGUAGAACAGUGGGCAGUUGUGGUCGAGCCAGUCACUAAGAACACCCUAGUCGACACUGCUAUAGCGCAACUGGAGACAUUGGCGACUCUCUGUGGAUUGCUCAUAUACGAUUCCAGUACCAGCCUGGCCUGGAUCGAGGAGUAUUCGUCCGAUCUUCUCAGAGAGAAGAUCAACGCGUAUGCAGAGGGAACGGAUCGAAAGAAGGACAUCGCGUUGGCGCGUGCCAGGUUUAUUGCAGCAUUUACGGAGCUGGUGUAUCGGAAUGGGCAAAUCGAUCUUGAAACAUAUAAAAAUGAGCUCAAUAGCGCCUAUACCGAUGGACUCGACGUUUCGGGUGAUCCGGCUGGUCUAUGUAGCCAGGCAGAAGCACUGGUGGCUUUCAACUCUGCCAUGGCAGAUACAUUCAGCCCCGAUAGUCCCGAAGGAUUAAAGAUUGCGUUGGAACUGCGAUGGAAAUCUCUCUCUUCGGCUCUGGACUUCUUGACCGCCGCCUCCAAGCUGCCCAGUGCUGGCGAGAACCUUCCCAAAAUACACGUCGCACGGGGUGAUGUAGAAAUGUAUCGGCUACGUUUGGGAAAAGCUCCGUGGAACUAUGGACCAGCAAGCGCAAAUAGUGCACUACUACUAAAAAACGCGGAAACAUACUACCGCGGAGGGGCGGCCAUAGCUAGGCGAGACGGAUGGACAGCGGAGGAGAGAGAAGGGACGUUCAAAGAGGCAUUAGCAAAGGUGCUUUCUGGGGAUCCUAGCCAGAUGGAAUCGUUGUUAACGAGUGACAAAGAGGGGUUAACUCAAGUCGCGGAGGACAUGGUUGAGGAUGGCUUGAUCACCAACAAUGACCUGGAGAAGAUAUUACAUGACAUGGCACCGGAAGAGAUCGUUUUCUAAUGACACUAGGAAUGACUAAUUAAUGGUGUCCUAUACGGUUCGAAGGAAGAACCAAACCUCUCACCAGCUACCCAUGCUUAACUUUAAACCGGGGACCUGCACCAUUUGCUAGCUAGAUGGCUGUUCGUGUAGCCAGUAUCUAUGGAAUGGCAAAACCAGCGCACACCGCUGAUGAUUGUAAAUAAACGCAGAGCAUGAAAUGUUGCCUCAAAAGCUGUGAUUCUUUAUAUCCCGCCAAUAAUAUUACAGCUUUUUGCGCUUCACAGA